UGACAAAAGAAAAGAACGGUCUGUAGUGCAUUCUGCAAGAGCUGCCUCACUCUUCUGCGUGUAGAAAUAGAAAGCUCCCUUUGCUCGUCAAUCGGAGAAGCUUCAUCGGUGUUCAACAAUGGCGGAGAGCAAUGGCGAUAUCCUAAUGCUAGAAGCUCCUCCUCCGACUGGUCCCACGUGGCCCGGACUAUCCAGCGCCGAAGUCAUCGACGCCUUGCCGUACAUCGACGAUGACUACGCCGACGCCAGAGUGAAGCAGGAGGUAGACCGUUUGGUCGAGGAUGAGAUGCGUCGUAGCUCGAAGAAACCCGCCGACUUUCUCAACGACCUUCCUCCUCUUCCCAAUGUCAAUUUCAAGAAUCACCCGAUGAUUGCAAGAGAGUAUGAGCGUGUGAGAGCCGGGAAGCCUCCGGUGGCUCUCGAUAGGUCACGGUAUAAUUUGGAACCGCCGCCGUCGAAUAAAUGGAAUGAUGAAUCUGCUUGGAAUCAUACACUUCACAGAGCUCAAUGCUUGCUUCAGUACCAAAUGAUCAGUCUUGAGAAUUUGGACCUGAUGGUGAAAUAUGGUCCUGAUGUCUGGAAGCAGUUCAUCCAACGAUUGGAGGCAUACCUAUCAAGAAUGCAAAAAUUAGUUCAGGAACAGAAUGAAAAGAGUGAAACAGUGAACCGUGAAAGGAAAUAUCAUCAGCACAAUACUGCAUAUGAGCUUACUGCAUUGUCCACACAAUGGAAGGAGCUCUGUCAUAAAAAUAUAGAAAUUCAAGCUGCAUGUACUGAAAUUGAAAAUCAUUUAGAAGAACUGAGGAAAGAAGCAUCAGAGAGAGGCUGGAACUUAGAAGCCGAUUUACAGAAACAGAAUGGUACUGUUUUGCAUUCGGAAUGAUAAGGCUUCUCAAAGAUUGCGGGAGUGGACUGAAGGGCUUAAGGCUUUGGGGGAUGAUCUGUAUAUUAAACUCUAAAUCUUGUAGUUCUAACUUUGUUUUGUUGCUGGAUGCUGCUGGCCUUUAGAUGAAAUACAUGGUUGGCCUAAUUCUAUGGAGUAGAUAUGUUCCUCGAGGGCCUUGAGAAUUCCCUAUAUAUUAUAUCAAAUCUUUUCAGUGUAGCCAAUGUACUGUAAUGAUUGUUAAGAGUUAUUAGGGUGACAAAUUUUGACUAAAAGAAUAUUCUAAAUUCAUAUCUGUUUUAAAGUUUU